UCCUUUUCCGGCCGCCCUCGCUCCGCCCCUUCGCCUCUCUCCGCGCUCCCUCUCUCGCUAAUGGAAGGCGCUUUUCGUGAAGACCCGGGUUUUUACAGCACUUCGCUUUUCUAACCACCAACAGUGCACGUUUGUUCGCAGGGCCAGCAAGGAGAGCCCCGUCCGCCGCCUUCCGAGCCUGCGGACUCCACCCGGCCCGACCUCCCCAGGCAUGGCGCCGCUGCGCUUCUCCGCCAAUCUGUCCUGGCUAUUCCCCGAGCUCCCCGGCCUCCCCGCGCGGCUGCGGGCCGCGGGCAGCUCGGGCUUCGAGGCCGUCGAGGUGGCCUGGCCCUACGCGGAGCCGCCUGAGGCGCUGGCGCGCGCCGCGCGAGAAGCGGGUCUGCGGCUUGUACUGAUCAACACGCCCCCGGGAGACCAAAAGAAGGGGGAAAUGGGUCUGGGGGCCGUCCCCGGGAGACAGGCGGCCUUCCGAGAGGGACUGGAGCAGGCCAUGCAGUACGCCAAAGCCCUGGGCUGUCCCAGGAUCCACCUGAUGGCUGGCCGAGUACCCCAGGGGGCUGAUCGAAUAGCAGUCAAGGCUGAGAUGGAGACCGUUUUUCUGGAGAACCUGAGGCAUGCAGCUGGGGUUUUGGCUCAGGAGGACCUCGUGGGACUGCUGGAGCCCAUCAACACCCGCAUCACUGACCCCCAGUACUUCCUGGACACGCCCCAGCAGGGUACGACCCCAGCCCUGUGUCUCCUUCUGUCCCUUUUGAUUCCUGUGCUCUUGAGGCUCACGGUCCCCUCCCUGGCUUCUCUUACAGCAGCCACCAUCUUACAGAAGGUGGGAAGACCCAACCUCCAAUUACAAAUGGACAUAUUCCACUGGCAGAUCAUGGAUGGGAACCUGACAGGAAACAUCCGGGAGUUCCUGCCCAUUGUUGGGCAUGUGCAGGUGGCACAGGUCCCAGGCCGAGGGGAGCCCAGCAGCCCCGGAGAGCUGAACUUCCCCUAUCUGUUUCAACUGCUGGAAGAUGAAGGCUACAAAGGCUUUGUGGGCUGCGAGUAUCAGCCUCAAGGAGACACAGUAGAGGGCUUGAGUUGGCUACGUUCAUACUGGGAUAGGCGGGGCCACCCAGAGGCUGGCCAGUGAGGGCCUGCACAGCACCCACGUGCCUCCAGACAGCGAGUGAGAUCCCAUCUCCUCCUCUGCAUUAAAGAUGACCUGCUGAA